AUGAGCCUCAGCAAAGGCCCCUCCAGCCCGAACUCGCAGCACUCGCUGCCCUUCUCGUCGGUGCCGCAGCCGAUGGUGGGGUCGCUCGUCGUCAUCAUGGUGGGGCUCCCCGGGCGGGGGAAGAGCUACGUUGGGCAGCAGAUUCGUCGUUACUUCCAGUGGAACGGCCUGAAGUGUCGGGUCUUCUCCCACCAGUCCUACCAGCACGACUACCUGCAGCGCUGCGGGCUGGCGACGAUGGCGGCGCGCGCGGCCGUGGGCGAGGCCCCGGUGCCGGCCGACGUCGGGAACAAGGUGAUCUUGGAGAUCACCAAGGAUAUGAUGACGUUUUUGGCGAGCACGGAUGGGGUGGCCAUCUUGGAUGGGACGAACGCGACGAAUGCUCGACGCCAGGCCAUCCUGCGCGCCCUCAAGGAUCACCAACCGAUCCGUCAAAACCGCAUUAUUUUUGUCGAGAUCGUGACCAAUGACAAGGAGAAAAUCCACCGAAACAUCAUGCGGUCCCGCGAGAUACAUGCGGAUCCUCCCGAUAAUUUUGUGCAGCGGUAUUACGAAAACAUCGCACGACACGAGAUGAUGUAUGAAGCCCUGAAUCCCAUCCGAGACUCUGAGCUUUCGUAUAUCCAAAUUCAGGAUAAUGAUAUAUACUUUCUUAAUAUGAUAUCCGGUUGGAUGCCGUCUCGACUUGCGUACAUGCUUCACAACUUCAACCAGUCUCAGCAGAAUCUCUACUUGACCCGUGCUGGCGAGUACGUUAAUUUGAUUUCAGGCCGCAUUGGUGGAAACUCCGAGCUAACAGCUCGAGGUGUGGCCUACAGCAUCGCCCUCUUUAAUUUUUUCAAGGAGGAGGUCAGUGCCUCUACGCCUUUGCUGGUGAUGUCGAGUUCCUCGGCACGGUGUAUGCAAACGGCUCGUUAUUUUGCCGAGGAAAGUGCCAAAGGGGCGUCCAACCCUUCCGCUUCCGAUCAAGAGGAGACAAAGAAGGUGCAGCUCAACUGCCACGUGGAUUACAUUCCGAAUCUCGAAGACAUUAGCUAUGGUGACUGUGAUGGUCUACUCUUGUCGGAUAUUCGCAAGACGAUGCAUUCCACGUUUCUGGCGAUCCAGGCGGAUUCCUAUGACACACCCUGGCCGAACGGGGAGUCAAUUCGUCAUGUUUUCAAUACCCGCCUGGAGCCCCAUAUUCACGACAUUCAAGCGAGCUCGACCCCUGUUCUAGUGAUCUCGCAUCAGACGCUCCUGCAGGGGCUGUAUGCCUACUUUGUAACGAAGGAUACUCAAGUGGUGGCAGCGCAGAACGCCUAUCAGAUAAAGAUUCCGCUUGAGACCGUUGUGAGGAUCCGGAUCGUGGGUGUACACCACGUCGCGGAAUUUGUGAAUCUUUCGAAGGAAGUUGAUCGAAUCGAGUUGGAGAUGACUGGAAAGGUCACGAGGGCUCCACAGCUUGACAUGAGCAAGUAUCUUAAUGCAUCCCAUAAUUUUACUCACCCCGAGCACAAAGGUAUCGCGAAGCCCCCAAAGUAG